ACUCAAUCUCGCGCGCUUUCUCUCUCUCAUUCAUUCCUACACAUAGGCUCACACGCCUGCUUUCCUCUAUUUCUCUCUCUCAGAAUGACAAUUCUAAGUACAGCUUUUGGUAUUGUUUUCUAUUUACUUCAAGUCGUUUCUGGAGAAAGUGGCUAUGCACAGAAUGGAGACUUGGAAGACGCUGAGCUGGACGACUACUCAUUCUCCUGCUACAGUCAGUUGGAAGUGGAUGGACCCCAGCACUUGCUAAACUGUGCUUUUGAUGAGCCGGACAUCAACAGCACCAAUCUGGAAUUUGAAAUAUGUGAGUCCCUUGUGGGUGUAAAUUGCCUGAAUCUUAGUAAACUGCAAGAGAUAUAUUUCAUCAAAACAAAUAAGUUCUUACUGAUUGGAGACAGCAAAAUAUGUGUGAAGCUUAGAGGAAAGACCUUAACCUGCAGAGAAAUGAAGAUAGUCGAUAUAGUUAAACCUGAGGCUCCUUAUGAUGUAAAUGUCGUCUAUCGUGAGGAAGCAAAUGACUUUGUGGUGACGUUUAAUACAUCCCACUUACGAAAAAAUUAUGUAAAAGAUUUAACGCAUGAGAUAGCCUACCGCCAGGAAAAAGAUGAAGCUGAUUGGAUGCAUGUGAAUUUAUCCAGUACAAAGCUGACACUCCUGCAGAGAAAGCUACAGCCUGAUGCAAUGUAUGAGAUUAAAGUCCGAUCCAUCCCCAGUACUGGCUAUUUUAAAGGCUUCUGGAGUGAAUGGAGUCCAAGUUUCCACUUCCGAACACCAGAGACCACCGGCCGAGGGAAGAUGGAUCCUGUUCUACUACUCAUCAGCAUUCUGAGUUUCUUCUCUGUGGCUCUGAUGGUCAUCUUGGCCUGUGUGUUAUGGAAAAAAAGAAUUAAGCCCAUUGUAUGGCCCAGCCUCCCUGAUCAUAAGAAAACUCUAGAGCAACUGUGCAAGAAACCAAAAAAGAAUCUGAAUGUGAGUUUCAAUCCUGAAAGUUUCCUGGACUGCCAGAUUCAUAAGGUGGAUGGCAUUCAAGCUAGAGAUGAAGUGGAAGGCUUUCUGCAGGACACACUUCCUCCACCACUAGAGGACCCUGUGAAGCAGAGGCUCGGAGGAAGUGUGCCGGGCCCCCACUGGCCAUCCGAGCAUGUAGGCAUCACCCCAAAAACUUGCAGAAGAGAUGCACCCCUCGGGUGCCUGGCUGGGAAUGCCAGUGUGUGUGAUACCCCUGUGGUCCCUUCCUCCAGGUCCCCAGACUUCAGGGAAGGGGGCAAGAAUGGGCCUCAUAUGUACCAGGGCCUACUGCUGGGUCCUGGACCUACAAAUGUCACCCUGCUCCCUCCAUUUCCUUUCCAAUCAAACAUCCUGAUGUUGAACCCAGCUGCCCGGGGACAACCCCUCCUCACUUCCUUGGGAUCAAAUCAAGAAGAAGCCUAUGUCACCAUGUCCAACUUCUACCAAAACCAGUGAACUGUAAGAAACCCAGGCCCGCAAACGUGUGACCAAGAAAGAUGACUGAGCUCCUACUCCCCCUCACAGCACAAAGAAGACAAAACUAAAGCAACUCUCUCCAUAACCUACCAAAUUCUGAAACAUCGCUGUCCCCUCUCCUCCCCACUCUCAGCACGAGGCAGUAGCAUUCUGCUUCAGAUGAUCCAAACAGUUCAAUUAUUUUAGAACAUUCAAAAAGCAAAAGAGCAAAAAAAA